AUGCAACAGACUCCCUCACCUGCGUUCAUCCCGCUACCUCCGUCCGUCCCACCAGCGACCCGAACCGGUGAAGCCUCAUACUACGAUCAACAUGGGUGGUCGCCCUUCGAUGAAUAUGAAUUUACCUUUGCUGCUUUGGCGUUUAUUGAGAGUUCCGAGAAUGAGUUCCGAGAACUCAUCCGCCAACCUGGUGGAUUUUGGCAAUUCUGGUAUUGGUGUGAUCUGCCUCAAGAGACUAGCCCUUUCAAGGACACCAGAGCUCUGGCACUCUGGGAGGUGGAUGGACUGCUGAACACUAUCCUCCAGCGGAAUCAUGUACCAAGGUCGGUGCUUCGUCGAAUGAUAGAUGAGUUCAAGUCAAGGAUUCGGCUCGCCUUUGUACGCAAACACAAGCCGCUAGGCGAGUCGACCAGUCUCUUUGCCCCAAUCUCGCCGCACCGUCCAUCGGAGAAGGAAGAGACAGGUGAUGACAGUCUAUCGGUAGAGGGGCCGUCAAUGGUCGAUGAUGACGACCGCUUAUUCUGCAUCAGUACGGAUGACGUUUCCGAACCUGCACACGACGAGGAUUCCAUGUCUGCAGGAGAAUAUAUCGCUGGCUUAGCUAGGCCUUCACCAAGCAUCAACGUACUGCUUGAAGAAGAGAGGAUCGCCAAGGCAUGCAAAGUACCAGAGAACUUCAAACGCAGGGGCAAGGCCGGCCUAAACAAGGAAACCAUUGAUGAGCAACUGAAUAGGGCCACAGCCGAGGGGGAGACGGCCACUUUUGGAUUCACCCACGCUACACGCUUCACAUCCUACCAAGCAGAAUCUGGAGUCAUGAUUUAUUCACCGAUCUGGUCCGCAGACUUUGAGGCUGUCGAUGAUCGGAAUGCCCGUACCAGCACGACUACCACUGGAAGCAAGUGGUCGUCUACAAGUCCCCCUGCCACCGGAGACGGCUCCGAAGAGACUGUCCCAACGUCGUGCUCCACGAUCUCAACUGAAGCCACGGACGAGGAUGAAAUGCAAUGCCAUGGAAUUGUUUGA